GGUUCGAGUCCCACCGAGCGUGAUUUUCUCAUAUUUUGUAAACCCUUGUUUUUCUGGUGUUUUUUUUAAUCCUUCUACUACUCCCUUCGAAUCCUCUGUCUCUCUUUGUGCUUCUUCUAUGGCGGCCUCUGCUUAUCACCACCAUUAUGUUGCUUCCCCUACAAGGAGCCCACUCAGUCGUCCUUCAACAUACCCUGUCCUCUUCUCAUCCUUUUCGCUCCCACCUAAACCCUACGCCGCUCCUCCCCUUUCCCGUCUCUUUGCUGCCCAUAGAUGGCCUUGUCGCGGUUCCACCUUCUAUGCUCCAGACCCUGAAGGUUCUCUGCAUCCGUGAGUUCACAGGAUUGUUUUCGAGUUUCCUGACCCGUGGGUGCAGAUUGUAAUUCUAACAGUACCUGCAGUCUCAACAUGAGAUUGGUGCCUGCCUGCAAAAAUUUGCAGAUUUUCAAAUUUCUACCUUCCGUCCAAGCCCAUUGCUCAUUUUUUUCAGCAGUGACCAAUACUUUGCAGGUUCCAGUAGAUGGCUUUGAAAAUGAGAAUAAAAAAAUUGAUUUUGAUUUGCUAUUCCCAUCUUGCACAACAGUGCACCUUGCUAAGUGCCUCCAUUCCCUUCUUGUAGUUUCAGGAAGAGUUAAAAACAUCUUUCUUUCUGCCAAGCUUGUAAAUCUUUAUGCCUACCUUGAUGACGUGUCAUUCUCUCGCCGCACCUUUGAUCAGAUACCAAAGAAAGACAUUUAUACCUGGAACUCAAUGGUAUCUGCUUAUGUACGCAGUGGCCGCUUCCAACAAGCUAUAGAAUGUUUCUAUCACUUUCUGUUGACCUCAGAUCUUCGGCCUGAUUUCUACACUUUUCCUCCUGUCUUAAAAGCUUGUGGGAAUCUAGUUGAUGGGAAGAAGAUACAUUGCUGGGUUCAAAAGCUGGGUUUUGAGUCGGAUGUUUUCGUGGCUGCUUCCCUGAUCCAUAUGUAUUCACGGUUUGGCCUCCUUGUUAUUGCACGUAAACUAUUUAACGAGAUGCCUAUUCGAGAUACGGGUUCUUGGAAUGCAAUGAUUUCUGGGUUUUGUCAGAAUGGGAAUGCUGCAGAGGCAUUAGAUGUCAUGAAUGAAAUGAGGUUGGACGGGGUAAAGAUGGAUCCUGUAACUGUCUCAAGUCUACUCACUGUUUGUGCCCAAUCCAAUGACAUGUUAAGUGGAAUGCUGAUCCAUUUAUAUGUCAUAAAGCAUGGAUUGGAAUUCGACGUGUUUGUAUGUAAUGCCUUGAUUAACAUGUAUGCCAAAUUUUGUAUAGUGGAUCAUGCUAGGAAGGUUUUUGAUCAAAUGAAGAUCAGGGAUGUGGUGUCAUGGAACUCGAUAAUUGCUGCAUACGAGCAGAAUGAUGAGCCAAUAACUGCAUUUGAAUUCUACAAAAAAAUGCAACAAAAUGGGAUUCAGUCUGAUUCCUUGACGCUUUUAAGUUUGGCCUCCAUCAUAGCUCAAUUAACAGAUGAUCAGAAAAGUAGAUCUGUACAUGGAUUUAUUUUGAGGAGGGGCUGGCUUAUGCAAGAUGUUGCCACUGGAAAUGCAGUUGUGGACAUGUAUGCAAAAUUGGGUUCUAUUGAUUCUGCUCGCACGGUUUUUGAAGGCCUUCCUGUCAAAGAUGUGAUUUCAUGGAAUACUUUGAUCACAGGUUAUGCUCAAAAUGGUCUUGCAAGUGAGGCAGUUGAAGUAUAUGACAUGAUGAAAGAACGCACAGAUAUAAUUCCAAAUCAAGGUACUUGGGUGAGCGUUCUACCAGCAUAUUCUCAUUUAGGAGCCUUGCAGCAGGGAAUGAGAAUUCAUGGGCGGGUUAUGAAGAACUGUCUCUACAUGGAUGUCUUUGUGGGAACAUGCCUGAUUGACAUGUAUGGAAAAUGUGGCAGAUUAGAUGAUGCAAUGUUGUUAUUCUACAAAGUUCCUCGUAAGAGCUCAGUCCCCUGGAAUGCCAUAAUAUCCUGUCAUGGGAUUCAUGGGCAUGGUGAUAAAGCACUGGAGCUAUUCAAAAAUAUGCUGGUUGAGGAGGUUAAACCAGAUCAUGUGACAUUUGUAUCUUUAUUAUCAGCUUGUAGCCAUUCUGGUUUGGUUGGUGAAGGUCAACGGUACUUUGAUGCAAUGCAAAAAGAGUAUGGGAUCAAGCCCAGUUUAAAACACUAUGGGUGCAUGGUAGAUUUAUUUGGUAGAGCUGGGCAUUUAGAAAUGGCAUAUAACUUCAUAAAGAAUAUGCCCGUGCAGCCUGAUGCUUCUAUCUGGGGUGCUCUUCUUGGAGCUUGUAGAAUACAUGGAAAUGUCGAGUUGUGUAAAUUUGCCUCAGAUAGCUUAUUCGAAGUUGAGACAGAGAAUGUUGGCUACUAUGUCCUGUUAUCGAAUAUUUAUGCAAAUUUUGGGAAAUGGGAGGGUGUGGAUAAAGUGAGAUCACUAGCCAGAGACAAGGGAUUGAGGAAGACUCCUGGAUGGAGCUCCAUAGAAGCAAAUAACAAAGUUGACGUCUUUUAUACCGGGAACCAAUCCCAUCCAAACUGCGAGGAGAUAUACACAGAAUUAAGAUUCCUGACUGCGAAAAUGAAGAGCCUGGGUUACAUUCCAGACUACAGCUUCGUAUUGCAAGAUGUUGAGGAGGAUGAGAAGGAGCACAUCCUCACAAGUCACAGUGAAAGACUGGCCAUUGCAUUCGGAAUCAUCAGCACUCCUCCUAAAACUCCCAUUCGGAUUUUCAAAAACUUGAGGGUAUGUGGGGAUUGCCACAAUGCAACCAAAUACAUAUCGAAAAUAACUGAGAGGGAGAUCAUUGUGAGGGAUGCAAACCGUUUCCACCAUUUCAAGGAUGGAAUAUGCUCCUGUGGAGAUUAUUGGUGACGUUUUUGCUUACCAAUAAAGAGGGAAUGAAAGCAUCAAUUUCUUGCCGGUCAAGCAUAUUCCAAAGUCAGAGCCAGCAAGAAAACGGACAUUAUUAUUAAAAAUGUUAGAAUUUUCUGAGUCCCACAUUCUAAUAGCCAGCUUGUCCCCACUCAUUUCCUUCCACUUGGGCAUUUGCUUCCUUCUUCAGCAAGGCAAAAAUCUUUAUGUCCCUCCAUGGCUUGCCAGUCAAUGCCUCCACACCCCUUCAUUAUUUAAUGUGAAUAACGUUUGUAAUUUAAUUGGCGCUUUAAAAUUUUAAUUUAUUUACUUAAUCAAAAGUCUAACCCAAAACGACUCUCUUAAUUUUAUGAGAAAUAUUUUUAUAUUGUUAUAUAGGGGAAUAAAAAAUCUAAGUGAUGGAAUAUCCUUCAUUCAACGUACUUAGUACAAUUAAAAAAAUGUGCCGCAAUUAAAAAAAUGUGCCGUAAAUUAUCUAAAUACUAAUAAAAAAAAAUGUAUAAAAUAGUUACCAAUUUCGAAUUUUUUAAAUACGAAUUACGUAGAGGGCCCACCUAACCAAAGCCACCAAUAGUGGCCCACAUUAAGCUCACCGCGGUCCACCAACUACCUCAUUACCCAUUUGGCUAACAAGUGGCAACCAAACAAACAAACUCCUCUGUGUCAAAAAAAAAAAAAAAAACAAUACAAAAACAAA